AGCAUGCUUGGAAUCGUGAAUACGAUCCUGAAUAUGGUUAACAGAUGCAGGUAUGCGUGAUGAUCGUCAAAUGUUCAAGUUACUCCUUUCAAGAUAAAAAGAAGAAUGAAUAGUAUAAACGUUAUCUGUCCCAAUUCUCGUCGUUGUGUGGUUAAAGUAACACCAUCAACUCAACUUCAUAAAAUUUUGGAGGAAGCUUGUCUGAAGCAAGGGUUCGAUAUAUCGAAGCAUCAGUUAAAGCAUCAGAAUCAUAUACUAGAUUUGGCGUUACCGCUUCGCCUCACUGGUUUGCCUAAUAAUGCUACCGUGGAGAUGGUGCAAAGUAUCGAUGUUGGUAGUGGAAUUCCAGUACGGAUUCAUAUUGCCCUACAGCUUCCGGAUGGGUCUCGUUUCAUGGGAGAAUUUUCAAAUAAAGCAAACCUAUUGGACGUUUUGAAUGAAUUCUCUCGAAAAUCAGCUCAGGAGUUGGUAAAAUGUACCAGUGGUCAAGUACCGUGUUGUGCCUAUAUGAAUAAAGAGUACCGCGGGGAAGCAGAACUUAAGUUGACGACAUUGGAAGCAAUGGGAAUAACAGGUGGACGCUCUUUGAUCAGGUAUUUCGCGAUGAAUAUGUCACAGGAUGAAAUAUCGAGGCUCGAAAAUCGCCUUGCUGAAGAAUCUGAGCGAAGGAAAAAGUUGGAAAAAGUAUAUGAAACAAGGAAAACGGAAAAUGAACUGCGGUUACAGAUAGAAAAUGAAAGGGAAGAGAUUUUUGAACGCGAACUUAGAGAGAAACGUGAAACGGAGGCAGCUUAUUUGUUAAAGCAUGAUCAAGAAACUAGGAGAAACCUUGAAAAUACACUUCAUACUAUGCCACUAUUAUCGGGAAAUCUAACUCUAAAUGCAAGUGAACAUGUUGCUGUAUCUGAAAGGCAUCCUCAAGCUUCAUCACGCCUCAAUCAGCUGCAGUCUCUCCUUAAUCAAGUAAAUACCAGUUUAGCCACGAAUACGGCUGAUUCUCUCGCUGAACAGCUUAUUGAUGAAGAUGGCAGAAUACAUAUUAGUGAUUUACAGACAGCAGCGCGGACACAGAAUGAUCAUCAAAGUAGUAAUGUUUGCAACUCUAUUACGUCCUCUUCCGAAGUGUCAUAUUUAACUGUUGGAAAAUGUAAUCGCAUGCCCGUUAUCAUUAGACAAGAUUUGGAAUCGAGUGAAAAUGUAAGAGAUGCAAUCGGAAUGCGAGAUGAUAUUGAUGAUCAGUUUUUCGAACUUACUGUCAACGAUAUACGCAGUAUUCGUCGGGAUCUCAGAACAGAGGCAGAUAUACAAGAGCAAAGAGCUUUCCUACCGAAAUCAUAUAUCAAUGCAAAGAAUACGCGUCUAAAAGAAGAAAGUUACAAGCAUACGGUGGUACGAUUCAAUUGUAUUGAUAAGACGAUUAUACAAGCUCAGUUCAUCUCACGAGAACCUGUCUCGAGAUUAUUUGAGUUUGUAACAGAAAAUUUAAAAAAUCCAAUGAUAAAGUUCGAUCUCUGUCUUGCAAAUCAAAGGCUUCCGUCAACCACUUCGAAAAAUUUAAUUGAAGUUGGUGUUGCUCCGAAAUCUUCGCUGUAUAUACGAUUUUAUUCACCGGAAAAUACAUUUGCUGCUCAUUUUGUGCAGGAUAAAUUUUGUGAAGUUCCCAUGCCUGAAGCUGAUGAGCUAAGCCGCGAGUGGUUGUCAGUAAAUGGUAUUUACCAACCGUAUGUUCCAAAAGUAAAAAAUGCUGAGGACGUUCGCCUGAAUGGAAAACGUCAAUCAGAAGCAACAGAAAAUGCUGCAGGUCCAUCGAAAUCAAAGCAACGACCUCUCGGAAGUGUACCGAAAUGGUUCAAAAAACUAUAAAUUUCUUUUUGAGUUUCGACGAUUAUAAACUAUUUUAGCUUGCUAUUCAGAGAAUUGUCCAGAAAUCCGAAAAUAUAUUUGGUUCAUUGACCAUUUGGAUACGUAUUUUGGAAACUGAAUUUUGGAAUAAUGAAUUUGGUUAAUUCAUCUCGGCUUAUCUUGCCC